AUGGAGGGCCAAACGCAAGAUUCGGAAGCCACGCCGCAUCUCCCACGUCACCCACGUCAGUAUCAGGCUGAGGUACGCGAAGCUUCCAUUGAUGAGCUUGCGCACGAUGAUUUGUACGGGGGCGGAAACCAGCCCCGACACGCAACCUUGAGUCCUGAAGGUGAAGAGGCCAAGGACGCGAAAAACUCGCAAUGGAUAGCCGACUACAUCACCGAGGAGCCCAUCGAUUUUGCUCAAGAGCUUGAAUCGACCAGCGCGGGGCAUCAGCAACCCACUACCAUGCGCAACGAUAGUCGUUCAUGGAGGCAUUCCCGGCGGCCAAAUGAACUGGCGCUCAGAUUUGAGCUCCCGCGCCCGGUCUCAACCCCUGAAGAAUCAGAAAGCAGUAUCAUCACCGAAGACUUUAGUGAGAGCGAGAGAUCGAGCAGCGAAGAGGAUACGCCUCCGAGAGAUCCCCCACUUUUGCAGCCCAACCGCUAUGCGAUACAUCCAGUGGACAUCGAGGGCAACAGGCUCUCAUUUCAGGUGCAGACCAAGCCUUCGAGCAGCAGCAUCGCUCCGAGUGAAGAAUCUGACAAACCCGAAAACAAGGAGGGGCUGGGAGCAGAGAAGAAGGAACCGGGAGACAAGAAUCUGGAGAUACGGAGAAUCAUCAGAGCAAUGGCGAUCGAGUCUGACGCCCAGGACAUGCUUGAAAUCCACACCCUACCAAGUCUGGCGAGCCCUCGAUUACGAACAAGCAUAACAACAACAUGGUAUCACCUCAAUGGCCCUUACCCGCGAGGUCUUGUUGAAACUGCGAGGCGAAAGGAUUAA